CGGCAACCUCGCAUUUCAUAUAACUUUUAGGUUAUGCUUUGAUAACCUUAAAACUUCAACUGUAAUCAAUCUAAUCAAAAUUCGCGUAAAAACUACUAUUUGUAACGAUACAACGAACUAAAAUGUUGUCAUGAACACUUCGAAAAUCGAGGAUUUCCAGCGGGAACUCGAAACGAUAAUCGGUACCACCAGCGGGGUGCACCAGCAGGAUCAGAAACGGCAGUUUUUGGAGUACCUCAAGCUGUUCACGAGAUUCGUCGAGACUAAAGGGAACGUCAUACAAUGGAACAAGAUCAAAUUCCUGACCGAUGAUAUGAUUGUCAAGUACGAUAACCUGGAGGAGCCCAACACUCACCAGCAGGAAAUGCUCGAAAAAAUAGUCAUAGUGAAAUUGAACGGCGGUUUGGGCACCUCGAUGGGUUGCUCCGGUCCCAAAUCGCAGAUCGUCAUAAAGAACAAACAAACAUUCUUGGACCUCACCAUCGAACAGAUCAAGCACCUGAACAGCAAAUACAACACCAAAAUCCCGUUGGUUUUCAUGAACUCGUUCAACACCAACGACCAGACCGAUAAAGUGCUGAAUUCGAUGCGAAAUUCCGGCAUCGCCCUUUACUCAUUCAACCAAUCCUGCUAUCCGAGGAUAUCCAAAGAAACGCUAAUGCCUGUGGUGAAGACGGGCAAUGUGGAGGAAUUCCACGACGGGUGGUAUCCGCCGGGACACGGCGACUUCUACACCAGCUUCUGGGAGUCGGGGCUGUUGCACAAGCUCAUCGACGAAGGUAAACAGUACUGUUUCGUAUCGAACGUGGACAAUUUAGGCGCCACGAUGGACCUGCGAAUACUGUCUUUGCUCGUCAGCGACUGCUUCAGAUGCAACAUACCGGAAUUCGUGAUGGAGCUCACUGAUAAAACCCGGGCGGACGUCAAAGGUGGCACUUUGAUCGAAUACGAUGGCAAAAUGUGCUUGCUGGAGAUAGCCCAAGUACCCGACGAACACGUCAACGAUUUCAAAUCGAUUAAGUUCUUCAAGUACUUCAAUACCAACAAUUUGUGGAUAGAUCUGAAAGCUAUCGACCGAUUGGUUAGAGAGAACCAACUGAACAUGGACAUUAUAGUGAACAACAAAUCCUUAGCGACAGGCGAGAAGGUCGUACAAUUAGAAACCGCUAUCGGUGCCGCUAUGAAGUUCUUCGAUAACGGCAUAGGCAUCAACGUGCCCAGAAGCAGAUUUCUACCAGUGAAGAAAACUUCCGAUCUCAUACUGAUCAUGAGCAACAUCUACGAAGUACAAAACGGCACGUUGGUGGUAUCGUCGAAGAGAACCUUCCCUACCCUACCGACUCUAUCUCUCGAUGAAAAAUAUUUCAAAAACGUCGAUCAGGCCUUGAAGAGGUUCCAAUCGAUCCCCGAUAUGCUGGAUCUCGAUUUACUUAUAGUAACUGGAGACGUAUCAUUCGGUAAAGGUGUUGUGUUAAAAGGUACUGUCGUCAUCAUCGCAAACGAGGGUGGUAAAAUAUUCGUCCCCGGCGGAGCUGUCUUAGAAAAUAACAUCGUUGAAGGGGAUUUGAAGAUCAGUAAUUAUUAAACUUGUUAUGCAGUAA